AUGGGUUCAAGAAAGUCCCCUCAUCGUCAGACAGUUACCAAGAAGACACGAGUUUAUAUGGUUGAUGGCGUUCAGAUGACGUCAACUAGUCAUCAAGUAUUUGGAGUCAAGCAAGACUUUGAAUUAAGGAAGCAGCAGCUGCACGAUUUACGGAGAAUACAACGGGAGGAGGGACGACAGCAACGGGAGCUUACCGCGAAAGCAGAAGUACUUCGUAAUGAACAGGCCAAACGUUUCGCAGUUGAAAAAGAUAACGUGAUGAAGAAUUCGGAGGUCGAAUUGUUAGCCUUGGCAAGAAACCAGAAACGUCAAAUGAGAGAAGCAGAGGAUUCUCACAACGAAGAUAUGAAGCAAAGCCUUAAAAAAAUUCACGCAGACCAGGAGAAAGAAUUACGAGGAUUUAGAGAAGUUCUUAAAUAUGAACAAAAGCAACUCAAAAUUGAAAUUGAAACAGUCCCAAAACUGCAACGAAAGGGAAUGCUUCGAUUAAGACGUGAACAAUUGGAGAAGGAUCAGGCAAUAAGAGAAAAUGAUUUCUUAGAACAACAAAGGAGAGAACAAAGUUAUAUGGUUAUGAGAGUUCAGAUUGCCCAUAAGCUUAAAGUGUUACAGCUGGAGAAAACUUUUCAACAACAAAAGCAAGGUGUUCUUAGAUCUCGUGAAGCUGCUAUUUGGGAUUUAGAAGAAAGGCAGUUGGAGGAGAGGCAUGCGCUCUAUAAACAAGAAUUGAAGGACCGUUUCUUUCUUCAGCGAAGUCAGAUGUUAGCUCGUCAUCAACGGGAUCUAGAACAUAUGCGCAAGGUUAACGAAAUGAAUGAAGAAGAGGCAAUUCGCAGUUAUGCUAUUUACAAAAAGAAGCUUCCAAAAGACUUUAGAACAGAGUCUAAAACGCGGAUAGCGAUGUUCAAAGAAAGUUUGCGUAUCAGUUGUCAGGGCGACGACAUAAACACGAUAAAUGAGAAAUUGCGAGCGUUUGAAGAGAAAGAAAAGGUUAGAGUACGAAAUGCUAUUGAAGAUCAUGAAGCAAAAGUUGCUCGUAAACUUCGGGAGUUAAAAGAGAAAAAUAUGAUGCAGAUCAAGGAGUUAGAAGAAAUUCAUAAUGAGAAACGAAAAAUGCUUCUCGAGGCGGAAAACAGCAAACUUGAAAAGUAUGAAAAAGAAUAUGAGCAAGUGAUUGCUGAUUGGAAAGCGAAUCUUCCUGUUAGAAAACAGGAACUUGAAGCUGGAUUUGCUAAAGAGCUGGAUGAAUUAGAUGCAUUUUACAGGAAGGAGAACGCUCAACUGCAGUCGAUAACUUCGAAACCAAUUAGCGCUAAGGGGAGCUUUUGA